AUGUGGGACGGCAGCGAUGGGAAGAUGUCGGCGGCGUUGAUUCAAAUGUCAUGUCUCUAUCGGGGCAUGUUGGCCGUCAGAGCCACCGGCACCAGGACGCUGAUCCCCGGGCUGGUCCCACAACAGUUUCGGGCCUUCUCUGUGCGAAAGGAUCCGGAGCUGGAGGAGAAUCCGUUCUACAGCAAGUACCAGGACAAGAUCCAGAAGCUGCGCAGUGCGAAACCCCAGGAAUAUAAGGAGCGAUUGGAGAAGCGGCAUGAGGCCAAGAAGGAUGUCCUGGGACACUCCAAGCAGGCAGAGUUCGUCCGGGUCAUGGAGCAGGAGUUUGAGAAAAGAGAUAAGAUGGCAGCUGGUGAUGGAGCAUCUGGAGCUUUUACAAAAAACAAGACAUUAGGCUCCAUCCUUAAUCUGGAGAUGAUCAAGGACAAGACUGGCGAGGAGAUCUCACAGCUUUGGAUGGAGUUUUAUUCGACCAAAGACACGAUCAGCGCCGCCAUUCCAUCCCAGAUGUAUGAGGUGAUUUUCAGCAGAUCCAAAUCCUGCCCCAUGUUCCUUUACGCUCUGCCUCAGAAGGAGGGCUAUGAGUUCUUUGUGGGUCAGUGGUCCAGACAUGAGCUGCACUUCACCUCACUCAUAAACAUCCAGACGCUUGGCGAGAACGCUCCGAGUCAGCUGAUCCUCUACCACUACCCAGAGCUGAAGGAGGAGAAGGGCGUCGUGCUCAUGACUGCAGAGAUGGAUCCCAAGUUCAUCACUGUCCACCAGGCUCAGUGCUUGGCCAAUCAGGUGCAGCUGUUCUACGGCACACAGAGGCAGGAGACGUACCGAUUGGUGGAGAUGUUUAACCACCAGCCUGAAGACUUUAAGCAUAUGUCGGUGAUAGCAGAGCUGGAACAGAGCGGGCUGGGGUCGGCAGGGGCCCUGGGGGUCUCCUGAGAUCAGAAGAUGGCCAGAGACUAUUUAUCUGAAGCAUCAUGGCUCUUCUCUCCAUGUGGAUCCAAACUCGUGAAUGGAUAUUGUGAGCAGAAAAGAUGCAGGAACAGCAUCUUAUGAGCUGACAUUUAGUGAUUUAGGAAAUAAUUUGGUGGAAUAAAUGAAGUUUUCCCCAGACUGGAUCCAAGAGACUUUGUAAGCACUGUAGCUAGGCUCAAAAUUCUACAUUUGAUAUUUAAUAAAACAAAAAAAAUCCCUUAA